GCGGUCGAUCACCGCGUUGGCGUUUUAUUUUUUUGACAGAAAAUUCGUUUUAACGUUUUCCCCCAGCGACUUCCCGCCGCCGCGGAAUAAUAAGACUUGCGCACACCGACUGAAUAUUAUAAACGCGAUAUUAUACAACACGCGUUCGGUCGUAUAGUUUUUCGGUGGAAAUCGAUUUUUUCCACAGUUCGUUUUUCGUUGAUAUAAUUAAUAAAAUUACGUGGCCACCUACCCACCUGCUCGACUGUAUACAAGCCCAUUUUAAUAUUACAUAAUAUUUGGACGCUGGACCGACUCGUGAUGGGUAUAUGUAUUGCCACCAGGAGUCGUAUUUCUGAAAUAAUAUCGUCACAUCGACUUCACAAGCUUGCCGGCCUGCACUGCAGUGCGCCGGUGGUCUGAUGUUGUAGCGAUUCUUGUAGAUCUUUUCCUACAUUUCUGUUUCUUUAUUCAACUUUCCAUUUCUAUCUUUCUCUCUCUCUCUCCUUGUUUAUUUGCUCUCUCUCCCCCGAAUCUCACCAAAAUGUUCAACCACGCCAAAUACCGACAGACCGAAAACAACAACGAAGACGUACGAACCACCGGGCUGCAAUCGUUCCCGAAAAAGCCAGAGAUCCACUUGUCGUUCGAAAGUCUCACCUAUACUGUGAACACCUUCAAAAAGCUAAAACAAGUGAAAAAGGAGAUCUUGCACGGCAUCGAUGGCAAUUUCCGGUCUGGACAACUAACGGCCAUCAUGGGACCGUCGGGUUGUGGCAAGAGUACGUUACUCAACGUACUCGCCGGAUACUCGAUAAGUGGAAGUUCGGGCCAAGUGUACUUGAACGACACGUUGCGAGAUGAAAAACAAAUGGCAAACAUCAGUUGCUACAUACAGCAAGACGAUUACGUGCGUGACCUGUUGACAGUCAGGGAAUCGAUGACGGUGGCUGCCCACCUUAAGUUACCGACAACCGUGACGGCUCUAUCAAAAGCCGGCCAAGUGGAAGACUUGCUCGACGCGUUGGGUUUGUCCGUUCACGGAGACACCGUAACCAAACAGCUCUCGGGAGGCCAGAAAAAGAGACUGUCCAUCGCUUUAGAGCUCAUAACCAACCCGUCAAUAUUAUUCUUAGACGAGCCCACUACUGGUUUAGACAGUCAAUCUUGCAGUCAUUUGGUAUCACUGAUGAUCAACUUAGCUCACAAUGAAAGUCGUACCAUGGUGUGUACAGUACACCAGCCUAGUGCUUUACUGUUCGAAAAGUUUGACCAAGUGUAUGCGUUGAGCUCGGGCCGGUGCAUCUACCAAGGACCACCUAAAUUAGUUAUUCCUUACUUUGCUGAACAUUCCGUCGCAUGUCCAACGUACCAUAAUCCAGCCGAUUUUUUGAUCGAAGUGGCCAUAGGCGAAUAUGGUACUGAUGUACUUGUCAAAUUGUUCGAUACAACAAAAAUCACAUACAUAAAUGAUCGCAACAAAUGUCCUAUAAUUUCUGACGAAGGCCGCGAAACACAACUUGAAAAUGGCGCGUACCAGGAAAACAACAACGUCGAUAACAAACGAUUAUCGUAUAAAACUGAGCUUUUAAAUAAGCCUCAGUUUUAUGUACAGGCCUAUCAUUUAUAUUGGCGAAAUGUAAUCAUGAACAAACGUAACAAAACCAACGCGCUGUUGCGGAUCGCCGUCCACUUCGCCGUAGCCCUCAUAGUCAGCUACAUAUACCGGGGAGUGGGCAACGACGCGGCUCAGGUGCUCAACAACAUGAAGUUCGUGUACGGCACCAAUUUGUUCUUGGCUUACACCGGUCUGAUGGCCGUCAUCGUUUCUUUCCCAUUAGAGUACUUGGUCUUGAAGAGGGAACACUUCAACGGUUGGUACACGCUUUUCCCGUACAUGGUGUCCGUAUUGCUUGUCGAAAUACCGCUUCAGAUGUUGUGUUGUGUCGCCUACGUCGUACCGGCGUACUUAAUCACCGGCCAACCGAUGGAAAUGAUGCGAUUCGGUUACUUUGCCGUUUUCUUGGUGGCCACUUCCUUGACGUCUCAAAGCGCAGGAUUCCUGUGCGGCGCAACUAUGCCACUGAAGAUGUCUGUGUUCGUAGGACCGGUAUCGUUGGCGCUACUCUCCAUGUUCGGAUUUGCGAUAAGGUUUUCGGACAUACCUGCCAUGUAUGUGUGGCUGCAUCAUUUCAGUUUUAUUAGAGCGUCAUUCCAGAGUGUCUUAUACUCGCUGUACGGCUUCACCAGGGGAGUUUUACCGUGCUCCGAUGAGAUGUACUGCCACUACAAGAACCCAAUGAAGUUUCUCACCGAAAUGUCAUUCGAUCAUGUGAAUAUUAAUCCCGAACUGUUGUACAUGUGUUUCUUUUUCUUGUGCACUUACGCGCUGACAACAACUGUCAUAUGGUACAAGCUGAACAAACGGUAAAUCUCACUCAAAAAAAAAACUAAACCUAAUAUGUAACAGGAUUGACGAAGGUUUAUGGUAUUAUAAUAUUAUAAUAAUAUUAUUAUAUCAUCUAAGUACCACAUAAAUGGUUUUUUUCUGAUGUACAUCAUUAUGUUAUCGGUUAUGGUUAUUAUUUAUG